UUGCAACAUGAUCCUCGCUCACCAGCAGCUCGGAGAGGCCGGGCUCUGCGGUCCCGCAUCCUGCCAUCAUCAUCAUCCUCAUCCUCAUCCUCCCACCGCGGCACCACAUGGAGACGGACUGGAUAGAGCCGCACACUGAACCAACUGGGAAUGAACAAAAGAAAGAAGGUGGACCAUCUUCUUUUCCUUCUGUCGGCUGCUGGCUAUAUGAACCCGCGCAGCAUCAUCAGCGACUGACAAAGCAAAAGGGAUGAUGACGGUGACUGGAGAAGCUGCUGCUGCUGCUGCUGUCUAUUAUUAUUAUUACUGCUGCGCUCUGCGUCAAACCUCCCUCAGAAGAUAAUGCCCUCGGUGCCUCUUUUAAAGGACUUUCUGGGUUUCUCAUCAGCUUGCUGCAGCAGGAGGUCCAUGUCAGUAUCUCUGGGUAAACAUCCAGUGAUGGUCAGCUCGUCUGCAGCCUCUCGGACACUCUCAGCAUCUGCAUUGUGAGGCGUCCUGUGGGGCUCGUGAGGGGAUAUGCAGAGACAAUAAGACCUUUUGUUGUUGUUGUUGUUGCGUAUACAAACUACACAGAGCCAUAGUUGGAUUGUUGUUGUUGUUGUUGUUGUUGAACAUGAACUCGCUGUUCUUCUCCUCCGCGCCGCCCGGCUCGGUCCCCGGUGGGUCUGGGUCCGGGUCCGGGUCUGGCCCCGUGGUGACCGGCAGCGCGCUCCGGAACGACCUGGGCUCCAACAUCCACGUGCUGAAAACACUCAACCUGCGCUUCCGCUGCUUCCUCGCGAAAGUCCACGAGCUGGAGAGGAGGAACAAGCUGCUGGAGAGCCAGCUGCAGCAGGCUCUGCUCAAGACGCAGUACCGACACCUGUACGCCCGGGAGGUCGCCGUGCAGACCGACGGUCCGGACUCGAAGUUACCGGGCACCAUCUGGAGUUACACCCACGUGAGGAGGCACGGGGAGCGGUACGAGACGCUGAGAGGACCCGGGGUGUCGUGGACGCAUCCGGACGGAGUCGGGGUUCAGAUAGACACCAUCACCCCAGAGCUGAGGGCUCUGUACAACGUGCUGGCCAAAGUCAAGAGGGAGAGGGACGAGUACAGGAGAAGAUGGGAGGAGGAGGUGUCCAAGCGAGAGCAGCUGGAGUCCACGGUGGAAUCCAUGCGACAGAGCGCCGAGGAGUCCACCGAGGUCCAGGAUGAGCUGAGUGAGAAAGUGGACAGACUGAAGGCUGAACUCGUGGUCUUCAAGAGUCUGAUGUCCGAUGUAAGUGCAAGGCAAAUGUCUGACCUGGACACCAAGAUCCAGGAGAAAGCCAGGCGGGUGGACAUGGACAUCUGCAGGCGGAUCGACAUCACGGCCAAACUUUGCGAUGUGGCUCAGCAACGCAACUCCGAGGACAUGUCGAAGAUGUUCAGCAUCAGUCCGGCCCGGUCGCUCCCAGACAGGGGUGCCAUGGCCUGCUGCAGGAGAAAAGAGCGUAAAGUGGUGUCUGAUGAGGAGAGCUCAGAGAUGGAUGCCGAGCCCAGCCCUUCAGAGGAGGACGUACCCGGGUCGCUCAACAUCACGGACGAAAUGAAACGCAUGCUCAACCAGCUACAUUGUUCAGAUAACUCCUUUGUUGCCAGGCGCGAGACGUUUGAAAUAGACGACGACUGCGACAGUCUGACGUGGGAGGAAAACGAGGAGACUCUGUUGCUGUGGGAGGACUUCACAAACUACAACAUCCCGGGCAACAUCCCGGGCAGCAUCGCCGCGGCGUCCGGCACGGUCGCCGGCCCAACCUAUGGUAACGGUGCAGCUUCUGAUCCGGACUCCCAGGAUGGAAGUCUUGGCAGCCUCAUUGAUGAAACAGAGUCGCUAUUUAAGACCAGAGAGCAGGAGUACCAGGAGUCCAUCGGCGAGAUCGAGAUGGAAUUGGCCACAGCAAAGAGCGACAUGAACCGACAUCUGCACGAGUACAUGGAGAUGUGCAGCAUGAAGAGAGGUUUGGACGUGCAGAUGGAGACCUGCCGGCGGAUGAUUAAAGGCGGCAGGAACUCUCCCUCCGUCAGCUCCGUGGCCAGCAGCGACUCAGGGAACACGGACGAGAUCCAGGACGAGAUCUCGGAAAAGGACGCAGAAGCUGAAGUCCCUUCAGUUGUCCCCAUUAGUUGAUGGCUGCAUUACCGGGCGUUGUCCCACCUCUUCCUGAACGCCCCUCAUCGUCAGGGGUCAAAUGUGUACAUGUGUCCACCCUGCUAGAGAGGUGGAGCAACCUAAAACUGGGCCCGUUUGACCUGUUGAAGUUCUGAUGGUCGUGCUCACGGAUGCAGGCCCACAACUGGUGCUUUUAUACUAUUUCUGUUGUUUAGGAAGUGGUGGUGGCGGUCUUUGCUUCACGAAGAGAACCGGUGCAAGUAGAGUCCGAGCUGUGCUCUCUUCCUCACUGCUGCCUCGCUGGAUCCUUGUCCAGAGCUUCACAUCAUUUUAGGGGAGAGAAAAAAUAAUUCUCUAAUAUUUUAAACUGGCUGAGAAGUAUUUUGUACAUAUUCUUACCCUAUUAAUGUCCUUUUAUUCUAAAGGAAUUGAAAAUAGUACAUAUUGUGCUCCUCCACAAAAAAAAAAGUACAUCCAUCUUUACAUAUAUUUUUUAAUAUUUCAUUUAGAUAGAAAAACGUCUCUGCACAUGAAUUGGAACACUAUUUUGUUUUUGUUUUUGUUUGCGGUUCAAAUUAAACUGUUGGGGGGUGUAAGUGUCUUCUGCCAAGGAGACAAAACAAGGAGUGGAGACAAAUGGUGUUGGAGUUCUGGUGGUUUCUGAGGGAACUCUGCAGAGUUGCCAAAGUCGACAGAGGAAAGGAGCACAGCCUUUUGAUGCAUCAGUGCACUACUGACGUUCUAUGCAACUUAGCUGGCCUUAUUUUUGGACUGGCUUUCACCCUCCCUCGUUUCUCUUCAAACCAAUACAAUUAGCCUUUUAA